AUGCAUCGUGCCCUCGCAAUCAGCGAGCUGCUCACCCACAUUCUUCGCGAGGUGUACAGUGACGAGGGACCCAACCUUCGCCAGGGCGUCAAGGACAUAGCUAGGGUUUCUCAGCCUGCUCCCGCUUCUUCAGCUGCUUCCUCUCGAGAUUUACGAAGAGCACGGUGCGCGGCCUUUUCUGUGGAUGGAAUGUUCCUCGCCGUUGGCGGCCCGGGAUUUGACGCUCCCAUAUACAAGUGGGAUCUUUCCGCUAUCGUGAAAGAAGCUGGGCUUCUGUACAUGUCCAGCAAUUUGUCUACCUCGCGUACUCAAUCCUAUGAGCAACAUGCCAGCAGCACCCCACCACCGCGUCAACGCACGUUUCCCUCAUUCUGGCGCCGUCGCCUCAAUCGAUACGGAGCGACUCAACGUGACACUCAACCUUGGUCCAGCCAUUUCAGCUGGACUCAGGACCUACUCUCUGGCAUGGUGCGCCGACGAGAUGUACAAGACGUCAAGUCGCGAGAACCGCCAAUAAUUGAGGUCCCGUACACAGCAGGCAAGCCUAGAAACUAUCACGCUCGGAGAAAGAAGCCAGCUGCCAACUCUUCGCAAACUGCCCAUGCCCAUCCCACCCAGCAACUACCUCCUAAUGCCAAUGCCACUGCCUCGACACCUCCCGCCGCCGCCGGUGCCACGGGGACAGCAGGAACUGUCACGCGUCCUCAUAUCGCAUUCACUGGAUGGCGUGCUUCCCUCAUGGGCUGGGUUUGCUGCAUGCCUGUUCAGAACGCAACCUAGUUCCUGUCCGAUCAUGGCGCUCACGCAACUACAGUUUACAGUGCUUCAGAAGUCCUUCAGUAAUACCCCCGCUAUGUGAAAUCCAUUGGUGCUCUGAUAUAUUUCUAGGGCAUUUAUAAAUGAUUGCAAUCGACUGUGUUACAUAUAUAUUAUCGACCAACAUUCAAGCAGUGGAUGGUGAAUGUGACGAAACCCUAGAUACACGAGAUGUGUA